AUUUGCUUUUGAUCGACUUCCAGGUUUCACGUUCAAUCCCCAAGUUGUUGCUGCGUCACAUUGCUAUGUGGUUACUAUUAUUUGCUGAUAUGUAGCUGAAAGGAAUGUUUACAUAACUUAGAACAAAUGACAUACCAGGCAAUUUGAACUACGUUCAUUAUGAUUCCACAGGAAACGGGCGGAGUUUAUUUUAAGGGUGCGCACUUAACUUCUCACAGCGCCUGAAAGAGUAGUUCGUCGGUGUCAGGCACUUGUACAUAGUGGGAAAACGAUUUUUUUUAAUACGACGGAUUAAUUUUAAAUUACCUCCCACGCUCGUAUUUUCAAAGGGACUUACCUGAAAUAUGAAUUUAUUACUGCUAACUGGGUAGUGCUGUUACUUCCAGCCUCCACAGCAGGGGUUUUUAAUCCUGGCCCUAUUCAGUGCAGGGCAGCACACUGGUGCAGCAUGGGAGGACAGUGAAUGAUCAUGAAGUAAGGAGGACACUAAGAACAAAAGAUCAGCAUGUCGGUCUUCAGACUGGAGAAAGUGGAAGACUUCUAUGAAAUUGGUAAAGUGAUUGGCAGUGGACACUUUGGGCAGGUUCGGGAUGUGCGAGAGCGGUCCUCUGGGACUCACUGGGCGGGAAAAUUUCUGAAGGUGAAAAAGGUCAUGGACAGUGGCCCAGGGCUGGACAGAAGGAGGGUGGAAGAGGAAGUGGAAAUCCUACAGGCCCUGCAGCAUGAGAAUAUCAUGGCCUUGCAGGAUGUGUUUGAGGAAGCAGCAGAGCUGGUGCUCAUCAUGGAGCUAAUUACUGGGGGAGAGCUAUUUGACUAUAUAGCUGAGAAGGAGAAUCUUUUGGAAAGUGAGGCCAUCGUAUUCAUCAAGCAAAUCCUACUGGGAGUCAAGUACAUGCACAGCAAGCAGAUUGUGCACUUUGAUCUCAAGCCUGAAAACAUCAUGUUAUCAGACAAAAAGGUACCAGUCCCCCAAAUCAAGAUAAUCGAUUUUGGACUUGCUCAGUACCUUACACCAGGAGUGGUGUACAGGAGCAGUUGUGGUACACCUCAGUACAUUGCACCGGAGGUGAUUCGCUAUGAGCCCUUGAGUUCAGCAACAGACAUGUGGAGUAUUGGUGUUAUCACCUACAUACUGCUGAGUGGUAUGUCCCCCUUCCAAGGAGAUACAGAUGAGGAGACUUUAAACAACAUUGUAGCAAUGAACUAUGAAAUUGAGGACAGAUAUUUUCCAGACACCAGUGAAAAUGCUAAGGAAUUUAUCAAGAAUCUGCUGGUGAAAGAUCAGAGUGGGAGGAUGACUGCUGAAGAGUGUCUUCACCACCCCUGGAUCAAGCCUCUCUCAAGGACACAGCAAAAAAUAAGAAAGCGUUCUUCCAUCAACAUGAAGAACUUCAAGAAAUUCAAUGCUAAGAGGAAGUGGAAGCUGUCCUAUAACAUGGUGUUGAUAUGUUACCGCCUAAACCAGCUACAUUCGUUACGCCAGAAGGCAGCCCAGGGAUACUGGGAGCAGAAGGCAGACAGUGACCAGGAGGAGGCACUGGCCAAGCCAAUUUCCCUGAAUCUCCAAAGAUGCAACAGCAGAUAAUCAUGGGGACUGAGAGAUUGCGAGAGGACCACUGUCCUACUUGGAUGGGUGUGGCAUGUACCAACAUGAAGUGGCUGUACUUUGUGUUUAAGUAGCAUGAUACACCAGAAAAGCUGGUUUCAUAUUAGCCACAUUCUCUGCACAGCUUACAGAAUGUAUUAGACUAGUUUACUCCCAAAUGUCUUCAACAUGGUCAAUGAUAUGUGGCUAAUAUUUAAUUUUUUUUUUCAUAGUUCUUUCAUGAUUAGUACUUGUAUUUAUUUUUUUAAAAAACUAUUACUUUUUUUCUGUAAAUGUAUUUCUAACAACUGGAUUCUGAGAGAGCUCUGCACAAGAAUUCCAAUGUGCCUGUAAUGUUGGUUUUAUGCACAAAUGGCAAAUAAAAAUCUCGUAUCGUAUCGUAAUGACUUAUUGGCAGUUUUAGGAUGUAUGCCAUUGUGCGUAUAGUAGUUUAACAUGCCUUAUGUAAUAUACAUUAUGACAGAUUAGGAAUGCCAUAAUCUAUUUUAAUAAUUCUGUUCUUUCUGCCUUUUAUUUAAAAUAAAAUGUGUGCAAAUGUA